GACAUUAAAUGAAAGGGAAACUUUAAUGACUGUUACAGAAAUUUCUCUUCUUCAUUUUCUACGCAGUCAAAUUUUAAAUUUCAGAAGGAAUGUCGUUUAUCGGAAACCCUAUUAACAAUAACAUUUGUGUGGAUAAUGGAAAUACUCAAAAGAUAUUUUGCGAUCCUGUUCACGGACAAAUCAGUUUCAAUGCUUUAUGUCUGAAAAUCAUAGACACACCAGAAUUUCAAAGACUUCGCUUCAUCAAGCAGUUGGGAUUUCUCUACACUGUUUAUCCAGGAGCUAACAAUAAUCGCUUCGAACACUCUUUAGGAGUUGCUUAUUUGUCGAAGAAAUUUCUUCUGGAAUUAAGAAACAACCAACCGGAAUUAAAUAUAACGGACCAAGAAAUAAAUUGCGUACAGAUUGCUGGACUUUGCCACGAUCUCGGUCACGGUCCAUUUUCUCAUUCGUGGGAAAGAUUUAUGAGGAAGUGCAGAAAAAAACGUAAAGACGAAAGCAAACCGUGGAAUCACGAAGAAGUAUCCAUUAAAAUAUUUGAUUAUCUUGUACGAAAAUAUAAAUUGGAAGAGGAAUUUCAAAGAUAUAAUAUAGACAAAACGAAAAUCAAUUUCAUCAGAGAUCUUAUGAAAGGAAAACCUACCUGCGAUGAGCGGACAUUUCUCUUUCAAAUCGUGAAUAACGAAGAAUCGGGAUUAGACGUCGAUAAAUGGGAUUAUUAUCUCCGCGACUGCCUGUAUCUCGGAAUCAAAUGCGGAUUCGAAUACAAACGCCUCAUGCAAUUUGCAAGAGUAAAUGAUGUCGAUGGUAAAAAGGUUAUAUGUUUCCGUGACAAAGUAAGAAAUUUAUUAUUUAAUUAAUGUUUUAAAAAGUAAAGAAAAUUACUGGUUGGGUGAAGGAAUUCUGAGGCGUGUAAAGUCACUGAGGCCUGUAAAGUCUAGUGCCAGUAGUGAAAGAUGAGAGGCAAAGACAGACACUGCCCAGGUAAAGAUCCACGGGCAGUUGCAGCCUCUUAAACACAAUCCACGGAGGAUCGAAGUAACCUAAGUAAAAAGAGAAAAACGAAUAAACGUGAAUAUUUAUUUUUACUUUCACGGCUGCUAUAUAUAACAGAGGGAAAGCAUGGCAAUCUAUUGAAAAGUUUUCCUCCACCAAGAUUUCUACUUUUUUGGACUCGGGAGACAUUGAAACUUCAAGAAAUACAAAAACAUUCGGAGUUUUUGACUCUAUGUAUGGAUGUUAGUGUGUGUUGGAGCACGAUUUUGUUCACACUAUUUGAAGUUUAUUAAAAAUAAUAAUAACUGUCGUGCUUUUUGUCGAAAUUUUAAAGGCAUAUUUGUGUAUAAAGGGGGUUGAUGCUCUUAAAUUUUCAUGGUUAAAGAUCGAGGGGAUGGAGAGAUAAAGGGCGUCGUAUAUCCUAUCUUGAGUAG